AUGGAUGAAGAUUUACCACUCAAAAAGAAAUUACUUACAAAAGAAUUACCAUUAAAAAAGACAUUUAAAAAAUAUAUACAAUUAGUAGCGUUACUAGAGAAUCCACAAUCGACUCCUGAACAAUGUCAGGUAGCACACCAACAACUCUUAAAUGAACUGUCUCUCUAUGAGUUUCAAAUACAAAAAGCAAAUGUACAAGCAGAUGUCAAUAAGAAAGAAUUAGAAUACUACACCAAUGUUUAUAAAACAAGAUGCGACGACAUCGAAAAUGUAAAGAAUGAAAUAGUAGAUUUAAAAGAACGUUUGGCAUAUGAGAAGAUACAGAGGCAAUAUAAAGAACAAUACUUGGCACUCUAUAAAUUGAUCAAUGAACAACCAACAAUACACGAUACCGAAAUUGAAAUUGAAAAAGUAAAGAAAGAAUUGGAAGAAGUAGACAAGAUGAAUAAGAAAACAAAUGAUAAACUCGAUUUACGUAUGAAACAAUUUCAGUUACUUUUGCACACCAUUCAGGAAUUGGAACAGAAUCUAGAUAUCGACAGUGGCGAAACUGAACAACAGCAACAAACAUCUCCCCAAGAACAACAAACACAAAGCCCAACAUCUACAGAUCCUAUUAAAUUAAACAAUAGUAAUAGUAAAUCAAAUUCCACAAUAAAUGAAGAUAAAAUGGAUUUAAAUUAA